GAGGUGCGCUACAACAUCCAACUCUACUUCGUCGAUAACAUGGCUGGUACAUUGCAGGCUUUCGCGAUCGGGGCUCGUCCCGCGAUGGACAGCGUGGAGGCCGCGCUGGACCGCGUCAAGAUGAACAUCUAUCUACCUCAAGUUCGCGGACUGGGGGCUGCCCUGCCCCAUUACAGGAGUGCCGGGCGCAAUGGCGCAGGCGGCGGCGUUUGGCGGCCAGCAGGCGGCCAGCGGCAGCUCGUGAAAGCGGCGCUGUUGGACUGAGGUGAAAGGGCGUAAGGUGCUGUAGGCUUGUGGUGCCCGUUGCAUCUAGACUCAUGGCGUGGGCAAGACAGAUGUCCCUGUAGAAGUGGUAGAGCGCACGCAGCAGCAGGAGCAGGAGGGAAGAGGGCAGGGUUUGGUGGCGACGGCGUGGCGACGGCCAGGUUGGUGGUGGGCAAGGAGCAAGUUAGCAAGCGGCCGGGGCAGGGCCUGUGGGCAUCAGCAGCAACCGUACGCUGCUGUGACAGCGGCAGCACGCAAACGUGUGUGCGUGUGCUGUGUGUGCAGGUGUAUGUGCGUGAAAGUGUGCAGAUCCGCCGGGUUUAUUCGCACUCGACACUAGUUUAGUAAAGCACGUCGAUAACCGUAUGUAUGUCCACUGCUACAGGGUUGUUUGUAACCGUCGAAGAGG